AUGUCGGACGUGCUGGCUGUCGCUGCGGGCUCCCGGUUCGAGCCCCCGACUGCCGGGGCGCCGGGCAGCUUCGGCGGCGCCGAACUCUCCUCGGAAAAUGAAGCCGCAGCCCAGAGGACGGAGCCCGAAAAGCAGCGGGGUGAUGGCUCGGAGCGCAGCGCCUCUCCGUGCGGGUUGCAGAUAGGGUCAUCUGUGAGUGCGGAUGUGAUAGAAGAUUCAAAGGAAGACAGUUGCACUUUGGAGGACCAGAAAGUGGCUGAAGCAGAAGAGAAGCUGCCUGACCAAAUCCAGUCCACUAAAGAGGAAGCUCUUGUUCGAAUGACCAAGUACCACAUACAUCAAGGAGCAGGGGAUAUAGUCAUGAUUCAGUCAGAUCACACUGGUGCUGUGGAUAUCCUUUCAGCUGAGCUGGAAACUGCAGACCUCCUUGGAGAGCAGAGAAAAGCUCAGCCUCCCCCUCUGGCUCCACCUACUACAUGGACCACAGGGAAGAUGAAGGAAUUCAAAGCCAAGAUGGGAAAAGAGAAGAGUGCUAGGAUGGUGGUGAAACGAGGCGAGGUGGUGACAGUCCGUGUGCCAACCCAUCCUGAUGGGAAACGUGUCUGCUGGGAGUUUGCGACAGAUGAUUAUGACAUUGGAUUUGGAGUCUAUUUUGACUGGACCGCUGUUACUAGCACUGCCAUUACUGUUCAGGUCAGCGAAUCCAGUGAUGAGGAGGAUGAAGAGGAGGAAGAAGAAAUUGAAGGACUUGCCCCUGUUGGUGAUGUGGAAAGGGGCUCCAAAAGCUCUCUGCGGAACCGCUAUGGAGAAAUCAUGCCUGUGUACCGAAGGGACAGCCAUCGGGAGGUGCAGGCAGGCAGCCAUGACUACCCAGGCGAGGGCAUCUACCUGCUGAAAUUUGAUAACUCAUACUCUCUCCUCCGCAAUAAGACUCUGUUCUUUCAUGUCUUUUACACUAGCUGAAGGGAUGGGAAGGGGCAGGGAUGGCAGACAGGAGGUGGUGAGCAUAGCAGGCUGCCACCCAGCCCUGAUACUCCUUGAUGAGCACUUCUGUGUGACAGAACAAAGGCACAACUCUGCUAGCGACUCUUCAGACACAACUUGGUUUCUCCCCAUGCCCUCCCUCCCAGCUGUCCUGGUGGAGAAGAGUGGUUGUGAGUGGUUGUUCACAGGCAACUGUUAUUUGUAUGAAACUCUGGGAGUCCUGCUCUCUGUAGGUAUAGUGUUGGGCCUUCAUCAUAGCCAGUAAAUGCCCAGAGGCCAGGUGCAGCUGGUCUUGGUUUCUUUCUGUUGCAGUGGUACAAAAUGAAGUCAAAGAGUUCUUCAUCUGUUGCUGUUCUGUAGAUCUUCAGGCUCUUCUGCUGUAUCUGGAUCACUAGAGGGCAGCUAUCAGCUGCGAAGAGACAAAAACAUGUCUGGCUUGUCACCAAACCACUGAUAAACUUAUCACUUACUGCCACUAUGUGUCACCAGCUGCCAGCACUUCCUUUGUUCCUAUAUGUGGGGAUGCAGUGUGGCCAUGCUACAAUAGCCAGCUCCAACCUAUGGUACCCAUGUGUUAGAGCAAAGUGUGUGGGGCUGGGGAGGGGAGUGCACAAAUAGAAGUUCAUAGGAAGAUUUUCCUCUGGAUCAAGAAUUAGAUAUUGCAUCUGUAGAUUACAGAGAUAUAAAAAUUAUGAUAAAAUCUCCAGUGACCACAAAGUUUUGUUUUUUUUUUUCCUGUAAUCCAGAUGUAAAAACAGAAGAAAUGGUUUACUGCUGUAUUGAAUAAAUAUGAAAAGGUCGGGAUACGACCAAGAAAUACACAAGAAAUGUUUCUUUGUAGCAGCAUGUUGAUUCACUGGCAUUGCUGCCAGCUGAAUAAUAGCAUAUAUAGGAAGGAAGAUGCUCCCCAGGGAAGCAUAGUUUCUCAGCUGCUAUUGCUGUUACAGAGGUGUUGUUGCAAAAGAGCAGAAACUCAAAAGGGGUGGGAUUUUCCCAGUCCUUUCUGUAAACCAGAAUGAGCAAGUCCAUUGCUAGCCCUGAUCAUGUGGUGAAGGAUAGAGUUCCUUGACAUGUUUUAGUGGCUAUGAUAGCACUUCCUGCUUGAGUAUUGGCAGAGUUGAACAAGGAUUAUGUUAAUCAUUCAGAGAUGAGUUUUAAAUCACAUUUAUCAGCAACUGUUGUUUAUUUUAAUACUUAAAAUCAUGCUCUUUUUAAGAAUAGUAAUGUGUUUACACUUUGUUACCUCUUUGCAGAGACACAGAAUGGCUUUUUGCAUGGUGAUCCUAGUAGAAUUCUGAGUUUUAAUUUUUAAAUCCUCCAGGUAAGGCACCUCUAUUUGGUCCAUUCCCUUUAUUGAGGGGGAUUGAUGAAGAAAAUGAUUUUGGGGUAGUUAAGACCAAAGAUUUCACUGUACUAGGAAGGCUGUAUAUUUCCUCUUAUGGCUAUAUUGUAAUGCUGUGGAAUUUUCUUUAUGUUCAAGCUCUUCUUCUAGCUAUCUGUGAUCACUUAUUCGCUGCCCCAGAGCACUUAAUAGGUCAAAAAGACGUGUGUGAGAGAGAGAUGUUUAUAAUGGAGCAGCCCAAGCUUGGAGCAGGAAGAAGGAAAACCAGAAAACUGGUUGCUCCAUGGGUGAGCAGACAGGAAGCAGAGCUGGCCAGGAUAAGGAGCAAGCUGGUGCUAUUCUGGGCCCUGAGUUGAAAACCUUUCUCAAAGGAGAGAGAGGACCUGGCCACAGGGGAACUGCAAAGCUGUCCCUCAAGCAGAGGGAAACAUAGGGCAGCCUUAGGGGGAGGUAGAACAGUAAGACUUGGUAUCUGUCAUAGUAAAGUGAUCUUUAGUUUAGCAGCUUGGGGAAUGUUAUUUCUUCCUUUUUCCCCCUCCUGGGGAGAUGCAGAACCAUCUUGUGGUCUAUGUACAGCAUUUGAAUCAGGCCUGAGCCACUUGCAUAGGGCUUCCCCC